AUGUCGUUCACGAGUUUCGUCUUCUUUCUGGCCCUCGUCUGGUUGCUCAUUCAUGGUUUCAACCAUGUUUCGAAGCGGUCAAGGCCGCUCCUUCCGUCAUAUCCUGGUGCAAUGCGACGACGGGCUGCUUUCUGGAACAUGACGCACUGCAAAGUAACCGUAUCCGCACUCCAUCUGCGAAUAACGACGUCCGCAUUCAAUGCAUAUCAUGAUCUUCUCGCCGACAAAUUCACGGGUAAACGAUACCCUCGCCUUACCACCCUUUCCAGGUUGUUCUAUGAUCUUGGGGGUGUGAUGGGCGUACUGGGCAUGUGCGGUGCGUUAGCUGCGCUUGCUUGGAUGACUGGCUGCUCGGUAUGGUCAGUUGCGCGGAAAUUCCUUGCAUCCUCCGUCGAUAACGCGUCUUUGGAGCCCCAUAUCUUGUCGAGGAGAGGUCUGUCGGAAGGGAAUACAAAAUUGCAACAGACAAGUUCCUCAUACCCUGUCAUAACCCCCAUCAUACCAGGCGUAACGGUUCCGCUGGACCAUUUACCUCUCAUUCUUCUCGCCAUCUUUCUCUCUCAAGUCAUUCAUGAACUAGGUCAUGCAAUUGCAGCGGCUCUAGAGUCCCUUCCCGCAGUCGCGGCUGGAGUAUCGUUUAUCGUCUGUAUACCCGCCGCAUUUGUCACCUUUCCCUCGGAAGGUCUGCAAGUUCUUUCGCCUCGAGCGCGAACAAGAAUCAUCGCUGCCGGGCCUUUCCACAAUCUUGUUUUCUGGUGUAUUCUGGUUCUGCUCGGUCGGGUGGGGGCGGGAAGCCUAGCGUGGUCAGUAAUGGGCUACGAUAAUGUGGGAGAUGCAGGGAACGUGGUUCUGGACGUUGAUGCCGGAUCACCACUAUACGGCCAUUUAUUGCCGGGGGCGAUCAUCACGAAGCUGGAUGACACUAACCUUGGAACUUCGAAUUUGUCCCAAGAUAUCUGGACAACGUACUUGACAUCGCCUGAAAUUAGGCCGACUUUAGGAUGGUGUAUUGAUGGAAAAUUAUUAGAGGGGACAGACGCUUGCUGUUCUCCUUCAGUCGGUUCCAUGAGCACUUCCCUUCUGUCGUGCUUCACUGGUGCCAGAUUUUCGAAGGACGUGCAGGGAUGCCUGGAUCCCAUUCCAAUUCUCACAGGACGAAAUGAGACUACGCGAUGUACUCGGGAGUGUGGUUCUGGGAUGGUCUGUGUUGAAGCAGGUCCGGAAACUCAGCUUUUACGACUCACUGUGGUUUAUCCUUCGAAAGAAGAGGCUGUUGUCCUGUGGAGUGGCCCUAGAAGCGAGGUUUGGGCUGAAGUGACUGUUGGGACCUGGAUUCCUCGUUUCCGCGUUCUACCGCGUUCAAUGCCGUGGAUAUGGGAAACAUUCUGGAAUUAUCUCUCAAUGGCAACCCUUUCGCUGUACUUGUUCAAUUUACUGCCUAUACAACACCUCGACGGAUCAAAAUUGCUGACUUCGCUGUUGGACAUGACGAUGGGUGUCGACGACGACCAUUUCUUGUUUGAUAUAGAAGGCCUAGAAAUUUCAAAUAGACAAGUGAAUAUUGGGAGGAAUCGUCGAAGAACUAAGGAACGGAUGGAGAAGCACAUUCCAUUGUGGACUAUGGCCCUUCUUGUCAUUUGCGUGUUACUUGCGAUAUUGAAUGGUUUCUGA